AUGGAGCAGAAGAACCUCUUUCGGGUGAUUGCUAGGAUCAAGUGCGGUGAACCUGUGUCAACAAUUUCCUUUACUCCACUGAAAUCUCGUUCUUUGCUGGUUGGAUUUAAAUCUGGGAAUGUGAAACUCUGGGAUCUGCAAAAUUACUUUCUUCGGUUCACCUGUAAACGACUACGAGAAGGACCUGUUCACUUACGACAUCUAGAAGAAGAAGCGCAUAUUUCAACUCCACAACGCAUCAGCUUUUGGGAAUCAUUGGCAAGGAUUCGAGAUCGGUCAAGUUCAAAGGAAAAUUCUCCGCCUGUUAAAAGUGUUACACCACUGAAAGAAGUUUCCAAAAGUCCUGUUGUCACUGUGAACAGUCCUGCUUGUUUACCCAUUUCAAGCACUGUGGACACAAUGAAACACCAUACCCUAGAUCGGAAUGCAUCAGUUGUGCAGGAUGAGUCGAUUGAGGAAGUUGCAGUUCCUUCUCCAGAAAAGCCACAAGAAGCCUCAUUGGAUCUCGGAGCAAUUAAAAGCAUUGUGCACGAGUGUUUGGCAGAAUAUUUUGCUACAAGAACUGAGCAACAACUAUCGGGGAAUGGCAACAAAGACACGAUGCUUGCAUUUGAAGAAAUCGUUUCAAAAACUGUCUUUCUACAAUUGCGCAGUCAUUUGAAAUCUAUGGAGCGUAUGAUUGCUCAGUUGAAGCAGGAUUCUGAACAACAGAUGAGCAGAUUGGAGGAUGGGAUACAACGUCAAUUGCGCUUGUUGCGAGAAGAGAUCAAAAGCAGCGCAAGAGCUGAUGCCCUAUCCCACUGGAUGUCUUGAAAUUUGUUUUUUAAAAUUCAACUUUUGU